AUGGCUUCGCUCGAUAUUGUCAAGAUGUCGCGCUGCCUUGCCAUUGCUUGCAGCAUGGUCCUGUGCUGCUCUUUGUGGCUUGUCGUCCGGCAUCCUUUACACGUGCGGAGCACCCUGGUACCAGCCCAACACUUACCACUUCGUUACAUGUUUCAGCGUGUGCAGACACCCGAGCUAAAGCGCUUCGACAGCCAUUGGUUUGCUCUGGCAGACAGAUACGAGAUGAAUUGGCUCGAAAGCUCCCCGGAAUGCAAACAGUCCAUAUGCGAACGGUACCUAGACCUGUUCGUGGACAGUUUCAACCGUUAUACAGACUUAUGUGAAGAUCCCGCGAAAGUUUCUUUCUUCCUCCAGCUAGACGAGGAAAUCUACUCUGAGCUGGAGCUUGCAUGCCGGCAGGCCCUUGGCGAAGAUGUUGUUCUUGAAGUUGUGGGAUCUCGUGCUCGAGGCACUGGAUAUAGCACUCAACUUGACCUGGAUGCAGACAUCCAGGUUCGGAGGAGUGGGCGACUGAAUGUGCCUUUCACGGACAUGGACAAGGAAAGGGUCGCGCAAAGCCUGGAGUCGUUGGAGAUGGUCUCACAUGUCAGAAUUGGCAGUGUGGCUAUUAAGUUCAAUUAUUUAGACAUACCGUGUGAUCUUGUGCUAUGGAGGGAGAGGCCUGAAGUGUUUCCUGCACUUCGUGGAGGGCACGAUUUCUACCGAAACUCUGCCUGUAUAAACGCUUUUUUCGACAGCAUGCCUGCAGCAAAGGCUGCCGCUCGUGGCCUAAGAAUCUUCCUGCCAAAGGGAGGUCGGCCGAAAGGUAUCCUGCUUGAUGCAAUCACAUGGCGAGUGGCAAGCGCCGCGCGCUUUCCUCUAGAACGUGCAGGGGUACCCAUGAGGCAUGGAGCAUACAAUUUGUUCCUAACGGUUGUGCAGGAAAUGACGUUUUGGGAAGAUUCAUGCUUUGCAUUCGACCUGAUGCAUGAUCUGUCGUUGAUGUCUCAGCGGGAAAGGCAGAAGUACACAACUGGAUUGACAAGAGUGCGCGACAUCGCCUUGGACCACCGUCUAUAUAAGAUUUUGACCAUGUGCUUUUCCGAGACAGUGCAACAUGAAUACGCGCAUGUUUUCGGCAAGUCCCUCGAGCUUGAAGUUCGGAGAGCCUUGAACGAGGCUCCGGAACAGGAAAGUGCAACUGUAAGAAUGACUGAAGUGCUUCAUCGACUGGAGUGGUAUUUUGAGAAUGCCUUCUCUGAGAAGAGCAUCUGCGCUGGUCAAGUUUAG